AUGCACGCGCUGCAGCACAGCGAACUCCUCAAAAGAGCUGAAGAAGUCGCCAAGGAACUCUACAACAUUGACGCACUCGAAGCCGGAGGGACAGAAAUAGUGCAGCAGCGGCAGCAGCAGCUGGACCGGCUGCACCGGCUGGCGCUGCAGCAGCAAACGAAGCAGAAGGCGUGGGAGCAGCAGCAGGAGCAGCAGCAGCAGCAGCUGCAGCAGCUGCUGCAGCAGCACGCGCAGCUCAAGGAGCGCUGGGACGCCCAGAAGCAGGAAGCAGCAGCACUUUCCAAAGAAGUGGAGCAGCUGCAAGAGGCUUCUGCUGACUCCCAGGCAGCAGCUAUGGGGGACUUUGCGAUGGAGCUGAAGCUGCCACAGGGGGAGCUGCGGCAGCUGCUGCUGCACCAGCAGCAGCAGCAGCAGCAGCGGACAGCAGCAGCAAAGCUGAAUCUGCAGCAGCUGCGGCUAGAAGCAGAACUCAAGGACUGCCGCAGCCGCCUGGAGGCCGCAGUAGAAGCAGCAGCAGCAGCAAGAGCAGCGCAGCAGCAGCAGCAGCACCAGCAGACAGACUUCCUCACGCAGCAGCUAGCUGACUAUGAGCGGCAGCUAGCUGAGGCCGAGCAGCAGCAGGAGGAGCGGCUGCAGCAGCAGCAGCAGCAGCAGCACCUGCUGCAGGAAGUGGAGAAGGAGCUGCAAGAGCUGCGGCAGCAGUCUGACCGGCUGCUGCGGGAAAAGACCGAAGCAGCAGCAGCUGCUGCUGCAGCGCAGCAGCAGCAGCAGCAGCAGUACUCCCAGGCUGUGCAUUUGCUGCGGCAGGCAGACGCUCUCGGCCUCGAGCUCCCACUGCAGCGCGGGACUUGGAAGGAGGUGCAGCAAUUCAUCACGAAUGUGGACCGGCAACAGCAGCAGCAGCAGCAACAGCAGCAGCAGCAGCAGCAAGAGCAGUACGAGGCGUUGCGUUCCUUCUCGUUUGACUGGAAUGCUAUUUCUCCGGAAAGGCAAAGGCUGGUUGAGAGGCACAAGGGGGACCCUGGGCGGCUGAAGGGGGAGCAGCAGAGUUUGCGAGAGCAGCAGCAGCAGCUGCAGCAGCAGCUGCAGCAGCUGAACCCGAACUUCAAGGUUUCGCAGAAGCUCCGGGAGGUGGAGCAGCAGGUGCAGCAGCAGGAGGAAGUGCAGCAGCAGCAGCGGCAGGCAGCAGCAGCAGCAGAGCAAAACCUCAAAGACUUGCGCAUGCGCCGCAAAGAAGCUUUUAUGAGCUGCUUCCUCCAUUGCCAAAAAGUAUUAAAUCUCAUCUUCGCUCAUUUGUCAGGAAAGGGCCCCAUGCAGCAGCAGCAGCAGCAGCAGCAGCAGCAGCAGCAGCAGCAGCAGCAGGACCAGCAGCAGCAGCAGCAACAGCAGGACUUAAUGAUGCUGGAGGACCAAGCAAGCGAGCACUGGCAGCAGCAGCAGCAGCAGCAGCAGCAGCAGCAGCAGCUGGAGCUGCUGGACACUGGGGGGGCGCAAGCCUUUUUGGACUUGGAGAGCUCCACAGCUUUAGCCAGGGACGAAGAGCCCUUCAACUGCGGGGUUUCUCUAGUUUGCAAGUUUCCCACAAAACGCUUUAUGCAGUUUGCGCAGCUAAGUGGAGGAGAGCAGCACGUGGCAGCACUUUCCCUCGCCCUCGCCCUUUCUUCCUACAACCCCAAAGUUCCUUUUCUUCUUCUGGACGAAAUCGACGCGCAUUUGGACAAAACGCGUUUGGGCCGUUUGGCGGAUUUGAUAAGAGAGAUUUCGGGGAGCAGCAAAAUGCAGACCAUUUUCGUGACUCACAAGGAAAAGCUCUUCACUGCAGCAGAUUUGCUGGUCGGAGUUGUGGGCGACGCGGCGCAGUCGGAGUCGCGGUGUUUCUUCUUCGACGUUCGGGUGUACAGACACCGCGAGCCUCCGUGCGCGGCGAACUGA